CCUCCUACUAUUGAGGCAAAAUUGGCCCGAACACCCUCCAGCAGUGCACAGGUUUCUGCCACAGUGAAAUUAGGCCCUUUUGAGUCCAUGGUUCCAACUCUUUGGUGUAGCCAACACUGAUCUUAAAAGCCUUGAGCAUGAUUGCUUUGGCUUGUGCUCAAUUAGGCUUACACCAAUCAGCUCAUUGCUGGUUAAUGGGUGACACCAUUUAAACACAUCAUGUCUUUGUACCCAUUUCUCUUAGCCUACAGAGGCAUCCACAUGGCGGGUAUUGUUCAUCGGUACCGUAGGAGAAGGUACCGGCAAAGGGUGCAUGCUGAGCGUGCCAAACCACUUGAGCAAUACACAUCAGAAGAACUGUAUGCACGGUUUCGCUUUGGGAGAGAUGACAUUAAGUACAUUGCAGAUCUUGUCAGGCCAACACUCCAACACCAAACCCAAAGGAGUCAUGCUUUAUCCGUGGAGGAACAGUGCUUAAUCGCUCUGCGCUUUUACGCAUGUGGGACUUUCUACCAAGUAAUUGGUGACAAUAUGGGAGUGAGAAAAGCAACCGUGAGUAAUGUGGUGAAGGCUAUGUCAGUAGCACUGGGCAGUCUGAUCAAUCAAUUUGUUUCCUUUCCCAAGGAUGACCAGACAGCUCAGACUAAGCACAAGUUUUUUCAAAUGGGGAACAUGCCUAGCACUAUUGGUGCUAUUGAUUGUACUCAUGUGCAUAUCCAAGCACCUUGUGAAAGGGAGUGGGAGUAUGUCAAUCGAAAGGGGAGGCACAGCAUCAACAUCCAACUUGUGGGCAACGCCGACCUCAUAAUAACCAACUGUGUUGUGAAAUGGCCAGGGUCUGUUCAUGAUGCACAUAUUCUAAGAGAAAGUGCACUAUACAGAGAGCUUCAAUCCCACCGACCAAAUGGCAUAGUAUUGGGAGACAGCGCGUAUCCACUCCUACCAUGGCUAAUGACCCCUUUUCCAGUUGCAAACACACCUGAGCAGGCACGCUUCAACUCCUCACAUUGCAAAACAAGAUGUGCCAUUGAACGCUUAAAUGGAGUCCUGAAGAGACGGUUUGCGUGUCUUAACUACUUGCGAGUACAACCCAAGGUGGCAUGCAACAUAACCCUUGCCUGUAUUGUUUUGCAUAACAUCGCCACCAGGCGUCAUGUCCCUCUUGAUGACAAUUUUGAUGGACCUGAGCCUGAUGUAGAACCAGAACAGUAUUCCAGAACAAUGUUCUUGCCUAAUGAAGGACACACCGGACAUGCAAUUAGAGAUGCAAUUGUGCGAAAUUACUUUUAACUAGGCUACUGAAUGACUGAGUAUAUUUGUUGUUGUCAUUGCCAUUAAUAUACUGUGGAAUUAUAGAGUUGUGAGCAACCGUGACAUUUAUUUGA